CAGACGUAUAAUGCGUUCUGGUACUUCCUGGGCUCGACGCUGGCCGAGCUGCCGUACUGCUUCGUGCUGGGCGCGCUCUUCACGCUGGUGUUCUACCCCAUGGUGGGCUUCACGGACGUGGGCGUGGCCUUCAUCUUCUGGCUGGCCAUCUCGCUCAGCGUGCUCAUGCAGGUGUACAUGGGCCAAAUGUUCUCGUACGCGAUGCCGUCGGAGGAGGUGGCGGCCAUCAUCGGCCUGCUGUUCAACGCCGUCUUCAUGACGUUCAUGGGCUUCAGUCCGCCGGCCUACGCGAUCCCGUCGGGCUACAUAUGGCUGUACAAGAUCUCGCCGCUGCGGUUCCCGGUGUCGAUCCUGGUGGCGCUGAUCUUCUCGGACUGCGACGACCUGCCGACGUGGGAUGAGGCCUCGCAGGCGUACACGAACGUGGGCUCGAAGCUGGGCUGCCAGCCGAUGGCGGACGCGCCGGUGACCGUGGGCCACAUCACCAUCAAGGAGUACACGGAGGAGUACUUCGGCAUGAAGCACGACACGAUCACGCCCUACUUCUUCGUGCUCAUCGGCUUCAUCGUGCUGUUCCGCGUGCUGGCACUGAUCUCGCUGCGCUACAUUAACCACCAGAAGCGGUAG